UGUAAGGUGAACAUUUAUGUGGUUUUACCCUUACAACAGCCCCCCCCAAGGGAAACCAUAAUUACCAUGAUGCCUGCAAUAAAAACAACUAUGGUAUUCCUGACCGAGUGGCGUCCAUAUUUGUGUCUGGUCAUAAUAUAUUUAUACUGUACCUUACUGUGGAACACAAUAGAUUAAUUCAUUCAUUUUCUACAGCUGGCACUUGGGGGAAGCUGAAGAACUUGAAGAAAACACAUUCAAGCACUUUGGAGCGUAUAAUAACUGCGCACAGCAAGUCAAAAUGGCGAUGAACAGCAUCCUCAACGCUGACAACAUCAAGAAAGCACUCGAUGCAUUUGCAGUGGCUGACUCUUUUGACCACAAGAAGUUUUUCGAGAUGAUUGGCCUGAAAAACAAGUCCUCUGACGAGGUGAAGAAAGUCUUCACGGUGCUGGACGCUGACAACAGCGGCUUUAUAGAGGAGGAGGAACUCAAAUUUGUCCUGAAGGGCUUUGCCAAAGAUGGCAGGGACCUGACAGAUAAGGAGACCAAAACAUUUUUACAUGCAGCCGACAAGGACGGAGACGGCAAGAUCGGCAUUGACGAGUUUACCGCCCUCGUGAAAGAAUAGUCACCCGUGCGGGCUGGCUUUUGAAGACCUCCUGACCAUCGCCGCAUCCUGACCCCAUUUCCUCAUCCUUUUGACUGCACAAUAAACCUCCCAACACCUAAACACACAACACACACUCACUCACACACACACACGCACACAUAUAUAAUGGCCCAAAGCCACAUUGCAUUCAUCCCAUCUUAUCCUUUUGAUACAAACUGUUCUUGUUUGUGCUUAUGUAUAGAUAAAAACAUGCCUGCAGGACUAGACCUCGCAUUAUAAAGCAAAGUAGUAACGUGAAGAGAUUGUAAGUGAGAUAACCUAUUUUCCCUCUGUGCUUCACUCUCUAAUUUAUCAUUUUAAUUUUCUCAGCCAGUGCUGCUGCACCUCCCACCUCCCGAAACUCCCAAAUCAACAUUCUAUUCAUCUAUCCCGUAUCCAUCCGGUAAUGAGAUGUAUUAAUGUCAUGCCAUGAGAAGA